CAACCAGUAGUUCCAACCUUUGGCCACGAGAUGUCGCUCUUAACCGAGUUUCAGCCGAAGCGCGAGCUCGGCUGCUAACGCCAGUCUGCAGCGCGUUCACGACACGAACACUAAACUUCCAACUGCACGAGUGGAGAAGUUUCAAGAGCGAAACUUUUAGCUUUUCCAACAUAAAACUGACGCGGGCCGCAAAGACACAGCCACUAUGGACGAUUUGGAUGCGUUGCUGGCAGACCUGGAAUCAACAACAUCCCACAUCUCAAAGAGACCGGUCUUCUUGCCUGACGAAACCCCCUACUCCAUCCCUACAGGAGGACACACAUACCAAGAUGUGCCCCCUCCAGUCCCUCCUCCACCGUCAGCUGAGGCUCUGAACGGCUCCCUGACUGAUCAGCCAAACUCUCACCACUCCUCUCAGCAAUCUUUAGGCUCUGGAAGGAAGAGCUCGUGGUCCAGGGACAGCAGCAGCUCUCCUCUGUCACACAGUGAAGAGGACCACGUUUACAGUUUUCCAAACAAACACAAGACUUCAGACUCGUCAUCAGCAGCCAUGACCUCUGUUCUGGGCAGUAACCUCUCAGAGCUGGACAGGCUUCUGUUGGAACUUAACGCAGUUCAACAGAGCUCUCCUUCCUUCCCCACUACAGAGGAGGCGGCUCCACCCUUACCAUCCAGCAGCAUCACCCACUAUGAGAACGGCAGCACCCCUGACAUCCAUGUAAGCCCCCCAGCUCAGGAGAAACCCAAGAAAAAUGGAACAAGACCAGAAGAAGCUCGACCUACAGUGGAAAGUCUGUUGGAUGAGCUGGAGGGUUCAGUGCCUUCACCCAGCUCUUCCACUCGUCACAAUGAACUGGAUACAUCAUCUCAACAACAAGCCAGAAUUUCAGCUUCCUGCGCCACGAGAGAGCUCGAUGAACUGAUGGCCUCCCUGUCUGACUUCAAGCCCAAUUCUUUGGGCUCUGUGCUCGACCCAGCGGGGGCACCUUCCACCUUUCGUCAUUCUCCCGUGUCGUCUUCUGUCACUCCAGCAUCCUCUUUCUCCUUCAGUCUGUCCAACCCGCCUGCCUCCCCACCCCUUCCUUUGCCUGCUGGUCUAGAGCUGCACAUAGAUGAGGAUGGAGGAGACGGUGGCGUGUUAAUGCCCCGUCGGAGCCGUCCCACUCUCCACAGUCCCACCUCCUCCCUUUCUGCAGCCAGCGACAUAGAUGUGGACUCUGUCAUAGAUGGCUCUUCCACCGUGCUGUCAUCCCAAACAAAGACCCUGCUAGUUCGCUCACAGUCUGCUCCCUCCAAUUCCAGCUUGUUGGGAAAUAGCCCAAGUCUUUCCAGUACCACCACCCCCUCUGUUAGCUCAGUGAACACUGUCCUGGACUGCAAGAGCCCCAAGUCCUCGAGUCCAUCCGUGGAGCGGGUUUCACCCUCAGCUACUGUUGGUAAACUGUUCGGUGCUCCCGAGUCUCUGAGCAAGGGUUGUUUCCAGAACCAUGAUGUAAAUUUUUCCAGUCCACCUCUUGUAGAAAGUUUCACUCCUCCCCUCCUCCACGUCGCUGCGUUUCCAUCUUCAUCAAAAACACGCUCACCACCUGCAGUCUCUCCACUGACGGUCCCGUCUCCGCUGACUCUCACCAGCGCCAACAGAGAGCUGCACGAGGUGCCACCUGCAGCUCAGAGAGACGCCCCCCUCGCCAUGCGGCAGCCCCCUGUGCUUGAGCCCACCCUGGACGACGAAUUAGACAAGCUGUUGGCGAUGAGUUUCGAACAAGGUCCUGCAGCAGCACACGAGGAGGCACACUGCCACAGCAAACAGCUGCAGGAGGUGCUGGAGGAGCUCAUCCUCCCCAUCGACAGGAGCAGCGUGCAGCCCGACACGUUCACCAGCGCCACCAACACCCUGACAGACAACUCGGUGGACGGAGGCACCGAUGGGAACGGAGACCUGGAUUGGGGUGACGAGGAGCUGUCCGUGUCCUUACACGACGGGCUGGAUGGCACCAUGACGCCUUACACAGAGAGGCUGUACACAGACGGCAGCGUGACGCCGCUGACGGAAGCUAGCUGGAUGGAUGAGUGCACGACCCCCUCCUCGUGCCCCGGGACCCCUGACGUUGCCCUGGAUCUGCCYCUCCUGCAGACACCCAGUAUAGACAGAGUCUCUGCAACAGGACAUCUGAAAGCAAUGAUCAAACGCACUAAGGAGAUUCCCAAUGUGCACCCCAUGUACCGAGACAGCCACCUGCGCAGGAAGGUGGGACCCAUCAUUGUAAACAAGAACUCGUCUCAGGACCGUCUUAUAGAGGAGCUCCAGGGUAAACUCGGGAUCAACCGCUCUGAGCGGCGGCGCAAACAGUCGGACGAGUGGCUGACCGAGGGUGUAGUCGUCACGUCCAAACCUCAGCGUUUCCGUCCCGAAGGCUUUGGGAGUGAGGUCGAUAAGGUUGGCUUCAGCGUGCUCCACAGUUUUACUCAUGCUUGUCCUCUAGUUGUCUCCAUUUCCCUCUCUGUUGGCUCCCUUCUGUCUGUUUUCUUUCUUCAGAUGAUUAUUCCCCCUGAGUCUCCUGUGGCCGUCAGGAAGGUCCUCCCACCCCUCUCCCCCACUGUACCUCGUCGUACCCCUGUAGCACAAGAAUCUAAGGGACCACUUCCUCUACAUCAGCUCCCUAUUCCACUUCCUCCACCUCCUCCUCCACCCACUUCCACCUGCCUGUCAAUUACCCACAUUCAGAAACCAGUCCCCCCUCCACCUCAGCACAUCAUUAAAGCCUCACAUCCACCAGCCCCACUUCAGGACCCUCCUGUCCCUAAACCAGAGCCCCCUGCCCAUAACCUGAACACCCCGACCCGACCACCAGAGGAGCCCGUACAACAACCCAAAGUCCUGGUGUCUGUAGGCUGCCAAACAGAAUAUGACCCAUUCUUCCCUCCGAUGCAGAUUAUGGCCCAAGGGAAAGCUGGUGUUCCCGGUGGGCCCACAACUCAGGUCAACAAGCUGGACAACAUGCUGGGUAGCCUGCAGUCCGACCUGAACAAACUAGGGGUGCAGACAGUGGCUAAAGGAGUUUGUGGUGCCUGCUGUAAGCCUAUUGUUGGACAGGUGGUGACUGCCAUGGGCCGCACGUGGCACCCUGAACACUUUGUGUGCACACACUGUCAAGAAGAGAUUGGCUCCAGGAACUUUUUCGAGCGAGAAGGCCAGCCUUACUGUGAGAAAGAUUACCAUCAUCUGUUCUCUCCUCGAUGCUACUACUGCAAUGGACCCAUACUGGAUAAAGUUGUGACGGCGCUGGACAGAACCUGGCACCCUGAACACUUCUUCUGCGCUCAGUGUGGAUCCUUCUUUGGCCCAGAGGGUUUUCACGAAAAGGAUGGAAAAGCGUACUGCAGGAAGGAUUACUUUGAUAUGUUUGCACCGAAGUGUGGCGGCUGUGCCAGAGCCAUUCUGGAAAACUACAUCUCUGCGCUCAGCAGUCUUUGGCAUCCAGAGUGUUUUGUUUGCAGGGAGUGCUUCACACCGUUUGUGAAUGGCAGCUUCUUCGAGCACGAUGGCCAGCCCUACUGUGAAGUGCACUACCACGAGCGCCGCGGCUCCCUGUGCUCAGGCUGUCAGAAGCCCAUCACGGGCCGCUGCAUCACCGCCAUGUCCAAGAAGUUCCACCCGGAGCACUUUGUCUGCGCCUUCUGCUUGAAGCAGCUCAACAAAGGCACCUUCAAGGAGCAGAACGACAAACCCUACUGUCACAGCUGCUUCAUCAAGCUGUUCAGUUAGAGAGAGCCAAUCACAGCACCGUGUUUCUGUCAGGCUUUAGAUACAGGUCGGAGUCAUUUCACUACAAGUGGUGUGAAGCAAGUUGUCUGAUAAUGGUGUUGGAAGUGUGUACAGGUUGGGUUUGUUCAUGUUGGUAAAGUAGCAUACUGCCUGACUAAA